AUGCGCACGCCGAUCGAACGUAUCCCAGAUAAUCCCGCACGGAAUCUUCUUAAGCUUGCUACGAUUCUUCACUCUUAUGAAAGGAGGGCAGCUCGAUUUUCUUUCGUGGUUUCUCUCGGCCUCGCAGGAAAUGUGGCUGCUACUGUAACUCCACAGCACUUGCUACUCAAUCGCAACGCAAUCAUUCAGCGCGGCUUGCAACCACACUUCUAUGUCUCCCAGUUCUUAAGCGAGAAAGUCUUUUAUUUGUGCUGGAUUUUCAAUGAGAUUUCUACGAAAACAAAAACCAGGACAAGCUACGAAAACAAAAACCAGGAUCAAGGCUGUUACGAGCGGGAGCAAAAAAAAGUUCCUUGGUCCUCACGAGAAAAGAGCCAAAGAAGCGCGGUUGCUCUACCUCUCUACGCCCAGGUUUUCGAAGAGGCCUCGUUUCCUACCAUUGUUCCCCUAAACGGUCUUCCCGCGAACAAGAAAACGGUGACGCUGGUAAAGAGGCCUUGGUGCGUGCGAACAGCGUAUAGCUUUGAUUCGGGGACAGUGGUUCCAAUCUUCGCUGGAAAAACAAUCCAGUGGAGUGUGGAUAGCGUCAUCAAUGGUGAAGAUAGUUGCGAGAAAAAGAACGAGCUGGAAAGCUUACAGGUUUGA